AUGAGGCACCGAAGGAAUGGCAAUUUUGAGAGUUCCAGACUCCUCUAUUCCAGCAUGUCUCGCAGCAUAGACGUGGCUUGCAGCGAUGCUGAUUUGGCCAACUUCAUCCAAGAAAACUUUAAGAAGAGAGAAUGUGUCUUUUUUACAAAGGACACCAAGUCAAUGGGUAACUUGUGUAAAUGUGGAUACCCUGAAAAUCAGCACAUAGAGGGCACCCAGAUUAACACCACUGAAAAAUGGAACUACAAGAAGCACACAAAGGAGCUUCCUACUGAUGCCUUUGGGGACAUUCAGUUUGAAAACUUGGGAAAAAGAGGAAAGUACAUCCGCCUGUCGUGUGACACAGACUCAGAGACACUCUACGAUCUCAUGACCCAGCACUGGCACCUGAAAACCCCAAACCUCGUCAUCUCCGUCACCGGCGGUGCCAAGAACUUCGCGCUCAAGCCCCGCAUGCGCAAGAUAUUCAGCAGGCUGAUCUACAUCGCCCAGUCCAAGGGAGCUUGGAUUUUCACUGGGGGGACGCACUACGGGCUGAUGAAGUAUAUUGGGGAGGUGGUCAGAGACAACACCAUCAGUCGCAGCUCCGAGGAGAACGUGGUGGCCAUCGGCAUCGCGGCCUGGGGCAUGAUCUCCAACCGGGAAACCCUCAUCCGUACGGCCAACAGUGAUGGGAGCUUCCUGGCCCGCUACAUCAUGGAUGACCUGAAGAGAGACCCCCUGUACUGCCUGGACAACAACCACACCCAUCUCCUGCUCGUUGAUAACGGCACCCACGGGCACCCCACGACAGAGGCCAAAGUGCGGACCCAGCUGGAGAAGUACAUUUCGGAGCGGGUCAUCCCAGAAUCUAAUUACGGUGGGAAGAUCCCAAUUGUGUGUUUUGCCCAAGGUGGUGGGAAGGAGACUUUGAAAUCCAUCAACGUAGCAAUCAAGAGCAAGAUUCCCUGUGUGGUGGUGGAAGGCUCCGGGCGCAUUGCCGAUGUCAUUGCCAGCCUGGUGGAGGCUGAAGGCACUCUUGCUUCUUCCUGUGUCAAGGAGAGCCUGCUCAGGUUCCUGCCUCGCACCAUUUCCAGGCUCUCAGAAGAGGAGACUGAGAGCUGGAUCAAAUGGAUCAAAGAAGUCCUCGAGAGCCCUCAUUUACUGACAGUGAUCAAAAUAGAAGAAGCUGGAGAUGAAAUUGUGAGCAAUGCCAUUUCCUUUGCCCUGUACAAAGCUUUCAGCACCAAUGAGCAUGACAGGGAUAACUGGAAUGGGCAGCUGAAGCUGCUACUGGAGUGGAACCAGCUGGACCUGGCCAGCGAUGAGAUCUUCACCAAUGACCGAAACUGGGAGUCUGCUGACCUACAGGAUGUGAUGUUCACAGCCCUGGUGAAAGACAGACCCAAAUUUGUCCGGCUCUUCCUAGAAAAUGGCUUGGAUCUGCGGAAGUUCCUCACCACAGAGGUCCUGAGGGAGCUGUACACCAACAACUUCAGCAGCCUGGUGUUCAAGAACCUGCAGAUUGCCAAGAACUCCUACAACGAUGCCCUCCUCACCUUCGUGUGGAAGAUGGUGGAGGAUUUCCGGAGAGGUUUCAAAAGAGAUUACAAAAACAGCAAGGAUGAGAUGGAGAUCCAGCUUUCAGAGGAGUGUCCUAUCACAAGGCACCCGUUGCAAGCUCUGUUUAUUUGGUCAGUUCUUCAGAACAAGAAAGAGUUGUCCAAAGUCAUUUGGGAGCAAACCAGAGGCUGCACUUUGGCAGCCCUGGGGGCCAGUAAGCUCCUGAAAAGCAUGGCCAAGGUGAAGAAUGAUAUAAAUGCUGCUGGUGAAUCUGAGGAACUCGCGAACGAGUAUGAGACAAGAGCAGUAGAGCUUUUCACUGAGUGCUACAGCAAUGACGAAGACCUGGCUGAGCAGCUGCUGACUUAUUCCUGUGAAGCCUGGGGAGGGAGCAACUGUCUGGAGCUAGCAGUGGAAGCCAGAGACCAGCAGUUUAUUGCCCAGCCAGGUGUGCAGAAUUUCCUUUCCAAGCAGUGGUAUGGAGAGAUUUCAAGAGACACUAAGAACUGGAAGAUCAUAAUGUGCCUAUUCUUUUUCCCUUUGAUAGGCUGUGGUUUCAUCUCAUUCAGGAAAAAGCCUGUGGAGAAGAGUAAGAAACUCUUCUUAUAUUAUGUGUCUUUCUUCACCUCCCCCUUUGUGGUCUUCUCCUGGAACGUCAUCUUCUACAUUGCUUUCCUGUUGCUCUUCGCCUACGUGUUGCUGAUGGAUUUCCAGAAGGAACCCACGGCCCUGGAGAUCAUCCUUUACGUGCUGGUCUUCGUUCUACUUUGUGAUGAAGUGAGACAAUGGUACAUGAAUGGCAGCAAGUAUUUCUCAGACCUGUGGAACGUUAUGGAUACCCUUGCAAUCUUCUACUUCAUAGCAGGGAUUGUGUUCAGGCUUCACUCUGAUGAAAGCUCUUGGUAUUCCGGGAGAGUAAUUUUCUGUUUGGACUACAUAGUUUUUACCCUGAGGCUCAUCCAUAUUUUCACAGUUAGCAGGAAUCUAGGACCCAAAAUUAUUAUGCUGCAGAGGAUGAUGAUAGAUGUCUUUUUCUUCCUCUUCCUCUUCGCUGUGUGGAUGGUGGCCUUCGGUGUGGCCAGGCAAGGCAUCCUGAGGAAGAACGAGCACCGCUGGGAGUGGAUCUUCCGCUCGGUCAUCUACGAGCCCUACCUGGCCAUGUUUGGCCAGUACCCUGAUGACAUUGAUGGUACCACCUACAACUUCGACCGCUGCACAUUUUCUGGGAACGAGUCCAAGCCCUUGUGCGUGGAGCUGGAUGCCAACAACCAGCCCCGCUUCCCAGAGUGGAUCACCAUUCCCCUUGUGUGCAUUUACAUGCUCUCCACCAACAUCCUCCUGGUAAACCUGCUCGUGGCCAUGUUCGGUUACACUGUUGGAUCGGUGCAGGAGAACAACGAUCAGGUGUGGAAGUUCCAGCGUUUUUUCCUGGUCCAGGAAUACUGCAGUCGCCUGACCAUCCCCUUCCCCUUUGUCAUCUUUGCCUACAUAUUCAUGGUGAUGAGGAAAUGCUUCAAGUGCUGCUGUAACAAAGAAAGCAAAGAGCCAUCAAUUUGUUGCUCAAGAAACGAGGACAAUGAAAUCCUGGCAUGGGAAGCUGUCAUGAAGGAAAAUUACCUCGUCAAAAUCAAUACAAAAGCAAAUGAUUCAUCAGAAGAGAUGGUGCAUCGCUUUAGACAACUGGAUGCAAAGCUCUCUGAUUUGAAAGGCCUUCUGAAGGAGAUUUCCAGUAAAAUUAAAUGAGUGCAGCUGAAAUCCAAGAGCAGCUACUGGAGCUGGGCACACACUCCCCUGGACAAGGCAUCCAGUCAGUCACCUGAGCUGAUUUUGUGAGGAUGAAAGCAAAGCCUUGAGGUGUGCU